UAUUCGUACUACUGUGUACUGUUGUCGGUUGAGUCUUCAGUCAAUUCCUGCCCGCCAAGAUCACUAUAAAUACACGUCAAGCUGACCGCCCUCCUCCGCGCAGCCCUACGCACGCUACUUGGAUCGUGCGUGCCUGGCGUGACCAUCCCAAACACCACUCGCCGAUGUACUCCUGCAGCUUCGACCGAGACCGCUCGGGCGCGGCGGAGCGUGCCGUGGCUUUCGGCGCCAAGUACCAGCCAUGCAACACGGCACCGACGGCCCGGGAGGCCGCCAGUCAUGUCCUCCCCUCGGACGCGCAGCCGCCGCCGCGGCGCCCCAGGAAGUCGGCGUCGCGCCGGUCGUCCACCACCGUGGUGGCCACCGACGUGUCCAACUUCCGCGCCAUGGUUCAGGAGCUCACCGGCUUCCAGCCGGCGCCGGCCGCCAUCUUCCGGCCGCAGCCGCGUCGGGCCCACGCCACCGCCGCCAGCCACUCCCUGCUGGCCGUGGCGCACGGGUGCGGCGGUGCGGUGCUGCAGGGGCGGAGCACAGACGCGGAAGCUACCGCCGGCAACGGCAGCCGCGACGUCCCGGCAGUGGUGCAGCCACUGAUGCACCCGACGCCGGGCGUGUUUGACUUUGACGGGCUGGGGGACCUCGGGCUGCCGGAAUUCGAUACGUGGCCCGAUUUCUCCUUUGAAUAGUACUACUGUACUAUUAUUCAAGCACGCAGCUAGACUGUUAAUGUAAUCAAGGGUGGUUUGGUUUUGUAAUUUCAGUCUGCUCAUGUUAAUGUUUGCGUUUGGAACGCA